AUGGAUGAAGCCAAGAGAUUGGAAGAAGGCCUAAGUACCCCUCAGAAUGGUUACCAUAAGGAUGAGUUGAAACAGGAAAUCGAAAACACCAACGGUGAUGGAGAUUCUAUAGAGCAUGAAAGAGACACAAGGACUACCCCAGAGCAAGAGCAUUCAUUGGUGAAGCACAAGACAAGGAGAGUUGCAACGCUCGAUGCAUUUAGGGGCCUCACCAUCGUGCUGAUGGUACUGGUAGACGAUGCUGGUGGAGCUUAUUCACGCAUUGAUCACUCCCCUUGGAAUGGAUGUACAUUGGCUGAUUUCGUUAUGCCUUUCUUUCUUUUCAUUGUUGGGGUUGCCAUAGCCCUUGCACUAAAGAGAAUCCCCAAAGUUAAGGAUGCUGUGAAGAAGAUAAUCCUUAGGACAUUGAAACUUCUCUUCUGGGGCAUACUUUUGCAAGGUGGAUACUCCCAUGCUCCAGAUGAUCUCUCAUAUGGAGUUGACAUGAGAUUUAUUCGAUGGUGUGGCAUUCUGCAGAGAAUAGCUCUUGUAUAUUGUGUUGUAGCACUAGUAGAGACAUUUACCACCAAGCUUAGACCCACUACCUUGAGGCCAGCACCCCUGUCCAUUUUUACUGCCUAUCGAUGGUUUGUGGGCUUUGUGGCAUUUGUCAUUUACAUGGUGACAACCUUCAGCCUCUACGUUCCAGAUUGGAGUUUUGUGGAUUAUAACGGCGAGGAACCAAAGAGAUAUACAGUGAAAUGUAGUAUGCGAGGACACCUUGGUCCUGCAUGUAACGCUGUUGGGUACGUUGAUAGACAAGUUUGGGGUGUUAACCAUCUUUAUACCCAACCUGUUUGGAGACGCUUGAAGGCAUGUACACUCAGUUCUCCAGCUGAAGGCCCCCUUCGAAGAAACGCUCCAUCUUGGUGCCGCGCUCCCUUUGAACCCGAAGGCUUAUUGAGUUCCAUAUCAGCUAUCCUCUCUGGCACAAUUGGCAUCCACUAUGGGCAUGUCUUGAUUCACUUUAAGGGUCAUUCCGAGAGGCUCAAGCAAUGGCUCUCAAUGGGGCUUGUGUUAUUCAUCCUAGGCAUCAUCCUUCAUUUUACAAAUGCUAUUCCAAUUAACAAGCAACUCUACAGCUUCAGCUAUGUCUGUUUCACAGCUGGGGCAGCUGGAAUUGUCUUCUCUGUGUUUUACAUCCUGAUAGAUGUCUGGGGGCUUCGGACUCCAUUCUUGUUCUUGGAAUGGAUAGGAAUGAAUGCAAUGCUAGUGUUUGUGAUGGCAGCGCAAGGAAUCUUCGCAGCAUUUGUUAAUGGAUGGUAUUAUAAAGAUCAAGACAACUCACUAGUAUACUGGAUACAGGAGCAUGUGUUCAUCAAUGUUUGGCACUCGGAGAGGUUGGGAACUCUGUUAUAUGUCAUCUUUGCAGAAAUCACUUUCUGGGGAGUGGUUGCUGGCAUCUUCCAUAAAUUAGGAAUAUAUUGGAAAUUGUAG